UGCAAAAAAAAAAAGGCCUACACUGUGUCAUACAACAUAUUUUACGUGCCCACACACACAGAAAAACAAGUCAGAUUUUUUUUUUCUCUGGGAAAAGAUAUUGUAAUAGUACGAGGAAGAUGAAGAGACAAGUAAUGAUCGUUGUUAUCUUAGUUGCCUUUUUUGUUGUAUUCUUGGACAUCAAGCAAGUUGAAGCAAUGAGGCCGUUCCCAACAGCUGCCGAUGAGAUCCGGUUCGUGUUCCAAGCACUGCAAAGGGGUCCAGUCAGCGGGUCAGGUCGAAAUGGUUGCACCAAUAUUCCCCGUGGUACACGUAGGUGCCAUGGUUGAGUACUGACCGGGCACUUGAUUCUUCUUCUUGAAACGCAACCAGAGAUUUUUGGAUUCUUUAUAAUUGUGUGAUAUAUGUAAAUGUGUUUUUACUAGAAAUUCAUAGCCGAAAACAAUAUUAACCUUUUAUACUUUACACCGCAAUGUAAAUUGGACAAAAAAAGAUGGUGUACCAAAUAACUAAUAACCACUAAACUACCAUAAUGUUUAAUUAGAGUGUAUUGUGAAUAAUUUGUUUAAUAAGCCAGUAAUAACCACUAAAUUACCAUAACUUGGUGUAUGAGAGUAUCAUAAAAUUGAAUUAUAAUCGUCAUGUCCCAAUCAAAACUCUUUAAGUAAAAGAAAAAUUCUCUUCAAAAGAGAGUUAGUUCUGUCUACACUAUACUAUA